UAGUACUACUUAAAUUUCAGUUUCCAACUGUAAAUCAAACAAACCGGCAAUGAUUCUAAGGUCGUGUUUGGAAAAAGUUAGGCCUUUUCUGCAUUUCAAGAAUCCAUUGAACACCCAUUGUUGUUCUCAUUCAUUCGCCAUUGAUUUUGAAGAAGAAGCUCAAACAAGUUGUUCUGUAUCUUCAAAUUAUCUCUCUGCACACCAAGUGUUUGAUGAAAAGUCUCAGAGAGUUUCUUUGAACAAUCACUUGUUAUUUGAGUACUCCCGGAAUAGUUUCAAUGUAGAAGCUCUGAAUCUGUUUGUGGGUAUUCAUCGUAAUGGAUUUUUGAUUGAUGGGUCGAGUCUUUCUUGUAUAUUAAAGGUCUCUGCUUGUGUGUUUGAUUUGUUUUUUGGUAAACAAGUGCAUACUCUUUGUGUUAAAUCUGGUUACUUUGACAAUGUUAGUGUUGGGACUUCACUUGUUGACAUGUAUAUGAAAAUGGAGAAUGUUGAUGAUGGUCAGAAAUUUUUUGAUGAAAUGGAGGAUAACAAGAAUGUUGUGACUUGGACUUCAUUACUUUCGGGUUAUUCGUGUAAUAAGUUGGUUGAUAGAGCAUUACAAGUGUUUCGUAUAAUGUUAGUUGGAGGAGUUAAGCCUAAUGCGUUUACUUUCGCGACAGUUCUUGGAGUUUUGGCUGAUAAAUGUGUAGUUGAAGAAGGGAUUCAAGUGCAUAGUAUGGUUAUCAAGUGUGGUUUUGAGGCGAUAACGUCUGUUGGGAAUUCUUUGAUUAACAUGUAUUUGAAAUACGGGAUGGUUAGAGAGGCUACAGCUGUAUUUGAGGUUAUGGGAGAUAGGAAUGAAGUAUCUUGGAAUGGUAUGAUAGCUGGUCUGGUGACUAAUGGGCUUUAUUCCGAAGCACUUAAGUUGUUCCACAAGAUGAGACUUGCAGGUGUGGAUAUGACGCGAUCAAUUUAUGUUACAGCUGUUAAAUUAUGUACUAGCCUUAAAGAAUUGGUUUUUGCAAGACAGCUUCAUGGUCGAGUUAUGAAGAACGGGUUCUAUUUUGACAAUAACAUCAGAACAGCGCUCAUGGUCUCUUAUACUAAGUCUGGAGAGAUGGAUGAUGCCUUCAAGUUAUUCUCUAUAAUGCAUAAAUUCAGGAAUGUGGUUUCUUGGACCGCAAUGAUUGGCGGGUAUAUGCAGAAUAAUAGACCAGAGCAAGCGGCGAAUCUCUUUUGCCAAAUGAAAAAGGAUGGGAUAAGGCCAAACGAUUUCACUUAUUCAACUAUUCUUGCAGCUCAUCCGUCUAUUUCACUGUUCCAAGUACAUGCAGAAGUCAUCAAAACUGAGUACCAGAGCUCACCUACUGUCGGAACUGCAUUAUUAGACGCCUAUGUGAAAACAGGAGAUACUGAUGAGGCUGCGAAAGUUUUUGAAGAGAUUGAUGAGAAGGACAUUAUAACAUGGUCUGCUAUGUUAUCUGGUUACGCGCAAAAAGGAGACAUUCAAGGUGCUGUCAGAGUCUUCCGACAAUUAGUCAAAGAUGGGGUCAGGCCAAAUGAGUUUACCUUCUCCAGUGUCAUCAAUGCGUGUGUUACUUCCAUGGCAUCAGUGGAGCAAGGAAAACAAUUUCAUUGUAGCGCGAUCAAAUCAAGUCACAGUAAUGCCUUGUGUGUGAGCAGUGCCUUGGUAACUAUGUAUGCUAAGAGAGGAAACAUAGAAAGUGCAAAUGAGAUUUUCAAGAGACAACCAGAAAGAGACUUAGUUUCAUGGAACUCAAUGAUAUCAGGAUAUGCCCAACAUGGUUAUGGAAGAAAAGCUCUAAAGAUAUUCGAGGAAAUGCGGAAGAGGAAUUUAGAUAUGGACAAUAUAACGUUCAUAGGAGUUAUCUCUGCUUGUACUCAUGCUGGACUGCUAAAUGAAGGUCAAAAAUAUUUUGAGAUGAUGGUAAACGACUUUCAUAUUUCACCAAAAAUGGAGAUAUACUCUUGCAUGGUAGACUUGUAUAGCCGAGCUGGAAUGCUGGAUAAAGCCGUGGCUCUUAUCAAUAAAAUGCCAUUUCCUGCUGGUGCAAUUGUGUGGCGUACUCUUCUGGCAGCAAGUCGAGUUCAUCGCAAUGUAGAGCUGGGGAAAUUGGCGGCCGAGAAUCUCAUUUCUCUUCAGCCUCAGGACUCAGCUGCAUAUGUCCUCCUAUCCAAUCUCUAUGCUGCAAUUGGAGAUUGGCAAGAAAGAGCGAAAGUAAGGAAACUAAUGGAUGUGAGAAAAGUAAAAAAGGAGAUUGGGUAUAGCUGGAUUGAGGUUAAGAAUAAGACCUAUUCAUUCAUGGCAGGUGAUGUUUCACAUCCCCUAUCUGACAGUAUAUACAUGAAACUCGAAGAGUUACGUGGCCGAUUGAAGGAUGCAGGAUAUCAACCGGAUACAAAUUAUGUUCUUCAUGAUGUGGAAGAUGAACAUAAAGAAACCAUUCUUUCUCGGCACAGUGAAAGGUUAGCUAUUGCUUUUGGAUUGAUUGCCACGCCUCCAGGAAUUCCCAUUCAGAUAGUGAAGAAUCUCAGAGUUUGUGGUGACUGUCACACUGUUAUUAAAUUAAUAUCAAAGAUAGAAGGAAGGCAAAUAGUCGUCAGGGAUUCAAAUAGAUUCCAUCACUUUAAAGGAGGUCUAUGUUCUUGCGGUGAUUAUUGGUGAAUUCAAGCUCUUCGAAUAGACGAAGAGAUAGCAGCAUAUCACAUUUGGUUCCUGUAUAAGCAAAAGCACCAUUAACUAAUGGAGCUUUAGCUGACAGGCCUAUACCCGAAGUUGCAUCAAUUAUCAGCCUCCAGAUAAUACUAUCACUCAUAUGGUUAUUUUGUUCAUGGAUUCAAACUUUGAUAGUGCACAGUAUAGAGGAAGAAACAGAGAAUUUUCCAACUUGACAUAUCUACAGAUUCAAGUAAUUUUACUUACGGACUGAGGGAUAGAAAUGGUGUCAUUUUGGCUGAUUUUCAAGAGCAGUUGAUAGAUCGCGAUCCGCCUUACAGAAAACAAUCAGAAACUCAGAAGAAUUAAUGUGAGUGGAGGUUUUCUUUCCUGCAGAUAUAGAAUGUCAGAGCCUCUUGUCACUUACCGAGAAUCGAAGUAUGUCAUCGGGUAUUUUGUUCAACAUGGUUUUUCUGGUCUUGCUGCUCGUAAUGCUGCAUUCUGUAGGAAAGGUGGUCUUGCAACAACAAUGAUGACCAACUGGCAGCUCUUUCAUUUCUAGCCCUCUUUCUGAUUAUGUUUUGAGUUGAACCUAACCUUGAGCAUGUCAAACUCAUGAAGGAUGUGGAAAUCUCAGAGUCCAGGAAGGACCAUCCAGUAACGCCUUUUGACAAUGGCGGACACUUCAGAGAUUUCUUGCUACCCCAUAAAUCUAUAUUCAGAUACAGGGACUGGUAACAUGAAUCUGCAGACUCAAUUGAUGAUGAGGAAGUAGCUGCGAUAAGUAGGAAAAUCUGAAAUGAUUAGAUCAAUAUGAUUUGGGUAUAAGAUAUACAUUUCUUCAUGUCAUUUAUACCAAUAACUAGUGUAUUGAUAACUGUUCUUGGAGUAGUUGGUCCUGCCCUUAGCCUAAGUACCUAUGAUUUCAUUUUUCAA